AGCCGAAUCUGGCUCGCGCGUGCGCACAACUCGGAGUCCCCUUGCUGUAUCGUGUUAUCUACUUUUUGGUUGACAUUCAAUCAUUUUAUUUGAUUCUUGUCACGUCUGUAACUGCACCCCGAUCCUCUUGAGAACACGCAAUCCAUGAACGGCGUCGCUGCGCCAUGGCUGCCGUUUCCUGGAAAGAGGCGCUGCUGCUUACUGUUCUGGUGGUGGCGUGCUAUUGGAACAGCCUGUCGUGCGGCUUCGUGUUUGACGAUGUCUCGGCCAUCCUCGACAACAAGGACCUGCGGCCUGCCACGCCAUUGAAGAAUCUCUUCCUCAACGACUUUUGGGGUACACCUAUGUCAGAGGAACGCAGCCACAAGUCCUACCGGCCGCUAACGGUGCUCACCUUCCGCCUCAACUACCUGCUGAGCGAGCUGAACCCGGCCUCCUACCACCUGUUUAAUGUGAUGCUACAUGCCGUCUCUUGCCUGAUCUUCUUGCGCGUGUGCCGCCUCUUUCUGGACUCCACGUCCGGCCUGGUGGCGGCGCUGCUCUUUGCCGUGCAUCCCAUCCACACAGAAGCCGUGACCGGUGUGGUUGGCAGAGCCGAACUCUUGUCGUCAAUCUUCCUCCUGGCUGCUUUCUUAGCCUACACCAAAUCGACUGGCUCUGACCACUCCAUAGUCUGGGCGCCCAUCGCUCUGACCGUCAUGUUGGUGGCGGCGGCGACGCUGUGCAAAGAGCAGGGAAUCACCGUGGUCGGCAUCUGCUGCGUCUACGAGGUGUUUCUGGCCCAACGGUUCACGUUACCGGCGCUGCUGGACACACUGAAGCAGGCUUUGCGGGGCAAAGGCGCCUUCCCCUACGCCGUCCUCCAAAUGUUGCUGAAGCUCAUCGUGCUGGUCAUCAGCACGCUGCUGCUCGUCAUAGUGCGUGUCCAGGUCAUCCAGUCGCAGUUGCCCAUCUUCACCAGGUUUGACAACCCGGCGGCCGUCAGCCCGACGCCGACCCGCCAGUUGACCUUCAACUACCUGCUGCCCGUCAACGCUUGGCUAUUGCUCAACCCGUCCGAGUUGUGCUGCGACUGGACCAUGGGCACCAUCCCCUUGGUGGAGUCGGCUCUGGAUCAGCGCAACCUGGCCACGCUGCUUUUCUACGUCCUUCUGGGACUGCUGGCGUACCGCAGCAUCACCUGCUCGCGCAGCUCUGCGAAGACGGUCGUCAUGGCCUUGUCUUUGAUCGUCCUGCCCUUCAUUCCCGCCUCCAACCUUUUCUUCCCGGUGGGAUUUGUUGUGGCCGAGAGGGUCCUCUAUGUCCCCAGCAUGGGCUUCUGCGUGCUGGUUGCGCACGGAUUCAAGGUGCUCUCACACAAAGGGUACCUGAAGAAAAUUUCAUGGCUGAUGAUUGGCGUCCUGCUGACCACGCAUGCCGUCAAGACCUUCAACAGGAACCGGGACUGGGAGUCGGAAUAUACGCUGUUCACGUCUGCUCUGAAAGUGAACAAGAACAACGCCAAGCUGUGGAACAACGUCGGCCACGCGCUGGAGAACCAAAACGAUUACAGCAGAGCGCUGCGCUAUUUUCUGCAGGCCACCUCCGUGCAGCCGGAUGAUAUCGGCGCCCACAUGAACGUCGGGAGAACCUACAAGAACUUGAACAAGUCCAAAGAGGCCGAAGACGCCUAUUUAAUCGCCAAGUCCCUCAUGCCGCAGAUUAUCCCCGGUAAAAAAUACGCGACUCGUGUGGCCCCCAACCAUCUCAACGUGUACAUCAACUUGGCCAAUUUGAUUCGUUCUAAUGAGUCUCGACUGGAGGAAGCCGACCAGCUCUAUCGGCAGGCCAUCAGCAUGAGGCCCGACUUCAAGCAGGCGUACAUCAGCAGAGGGGAGUUGCUGUUACAAAUGAACAAGCUCACAGAGGCGCGUGACACGUACCUGCGCGCGCUGGAGCUGGACGGGGCCAACGCCGACCUGUGGUACAACCUGGCCAUUGUGCACAUCGAAAUGAAGGAGCCGUCAGAGGCGUUGCGCAACUUCGAGCGGGCGCUGCAACUCAGCCCGCGCCACAAGCUGGCGCUCUUCAACUCAGCCCUCCUCAUGCAGGAGUCAGGCGAGCCCAAGUUCUGGCCCGAGGCCAACCGCCGCUUCCUAGUUUACGUGGAGGAGGAGCCGGCCGACGCAAACGGCUACUUCAACUUGGGCAUGCUCGCCAUGGACGCGGAGGAGAACGCGGCGGCCGAGCGCUGGAUGCACAAAGCCAUCGCGCUACAGUCGGGAUUCCGCUCGGCGCUCUUCAACUUGGCGCUGCUCUAUUCGCAGUCGCAGCGCGAGCUGGACGCGCUGCCCGUGCUGGACGAGCUGUUGCGCCACCACCCGGAGCACAUCAAGGGCCUCAUCCUCAAAGGUGACAUCCUCAUGAAUCACAAAAAGGACACGGCCGGCGCCAAGGCCUGCUUCCAGCGCAUCCUCGAGAUGGACCCGGGCAACGUGCAGGGCAAGCACAACCUGUGCGUGGUCUACUUUGAGGAGCGAGACCUGCCGAAAGCCGAGCGAUGCCUGGAGGAGACGCUGGCGCUGGCCCCAAACACAGCGUACGUGCGGCGCCAUCUGAACAUCGUCAGGGGCAAGAUGGCGGCCAUGAGCGCGGCCGGCCGGCCCCUGGUGGAGGAAGACAAGCCAGCAACGGCGGAGGAGGAAAGGCGGAGUCCCCGCGGUGAGAAGAAUGCGUGGAAAUCCUCCGCAGAACCCGACCACUCAGAGCUGGAUGCGGGCCAGCCCGACGCGCGGACUCAGUCCAAGUCCGCCGGGCAGGCGGGCAGCAUCGAGCAGAAGCGUGCUGCCGCCUUGAAAAGGCUGGAGGAGAUUGAACGCAUUUUAAGCGGAGAUUGACCACAAUUUUUAUGCCUUUUUUUUUUUUUUUUUUAAGAGCUCUGACUAUUUUUACACAGAACAUUUUUUUAAAAAUGACUUUUUCUCCCUUAUUAUCCACCUUUAGGGGGGGAGGAUCGGAAGUGAGCACUGCUGCAAAUAGUAGUUCAAAUGCUUACAUCAUGAGUUUGAACCGCAAAUAUAAACGACAAUCCCACAACACUUAAAUACCGUGUCAAAUUGAAAAAAGUAGUGUAAAGCGAACCGGCAAUUGACUCUACUUAAGAUUAAAAGGGAACCAUGGAACGUCGUUAAGGGGGAAGUACAAGUUGAGGACCGCAAUGUGAAGAGGUGUGUGCACACAACUUAAGCUGAAGUGCAGCUGUUACCUGCAUUUAUUUAUGGGCACAAAUACCGGCCGCUUGUAAAUCACGGGGAAUUCAUCACGCAAGACGUUGGUGCAGAUUUUGUUUUAUGGCAAGUCGUUAAACUUCACUGCCAUGCUUAGCCCACAUUUAAGAAAAAGUGAUCUUCUUUUUGCACCUCAUGAAGGUGUCAGUCAGCAUAGGCGGUCGGUCAAGAAGAAGCACAAGUUAGUAUUUAACCUCUGGAUGUUUUGUUGCCACGUGACCCGUUUUCUGCACACACUCUUAAGUGGCAGCACAAUUCCAGGAAGUGACCACGAGGACGAUGAAGGCCCCACCCCUGAAAUGGAGCAAAACAUCCUCGGCCUGGUCACCGCCCGCUAAUCUGUAUUGAUCUCCCGCCGCGUUUCCUGCCUUCCCGUCGUUGCCAUUAGCGCUAUUGUUGCUGCCCGUGCUAAGCUAACGCUAAUCGACGGCCACGUCAGCCCCUCCGCCCCCACCGUGCAAUACAAUGUGUGUGCAACACUGUCCGUUUAUUAGCAGCCCCGAAAGUGUUCAAAAGAUUGUACAUUCAUUAUUUAUUAUGGUUUUUGUAUGCAAACUAACUGUGUGUAAUCACUGUCGUGGCUGUUCAAACGGUACUAUUAUUUUCUGCCUUGCCAAGUGACUGUUUUUUUUAUUUCAAAUUUUUUUGUGAUUCAUUUCCAUUGGUGGUGGUUCAAUAAAAUGAGACAACAGCUUGGCUGCUCCUGUUG